AUGGGAAAAGACUUUAGUUUUUGGCUAUUCAUAUUUGCAUUCUACCUGACCGUUGUAUUGGCUCAGAAUGAAAAUCCUACCGAUACAUACGAUGUUCUCGACUAUGUUAAUCAAUUAAUCGGAAGUGCUAAUGGAGGUAUUAACCUUCCAAUUGUUCGUUAUCACUCAGAUAAUAACUGACUUAUUCUAGGAAAUGUGUUCGCGGGUGCUACUAUUCCCUAUGGUGAAUAUCUAUUGAGCCUUUUUCGUAAUUCUAUUACUAAGAUGAUUAGGAAUGGCCAAAGCAGUAGCAGAUACAGAUUCUCAAUCCAACCAAGGAGGUUUUACAUCAGAGGACGUGAACGUAACUGGGUUCUCCAAUAUGCAUGAUAGUGGUACCGGCGGAAGUCCCUCUCUGGGAAACUUCGCCCUUUUCCCCUACACAAGCUGUGAAAGAGAUGAUAUCAAUGGUUGCAAGUUUGUUAAAAGGCAGCGCAAGAUCAAGUACAAACGGGAUUCGGUUGUCGCAUCACCAGGAUACUUCGGCCUAACAUUGAACAACGAUAUCAAAGCCGAAAUGACGACUGCACAACACACUUCCUUAUUCCGAUUCAAGUUCCCCGCUGGCGAGACUACAAGUCCUGUGUUGUUGAUGGAUCUGACCGAUCUUUCUGAUUCCCGGCAAGACAAUGGAUCAGUAAAGGUCGAUGCUCAGUCUGGAAGAAUGACCGGAAACGCUCGGUUUAACCCAAGUUUUGGUAUUGGGAAUUACGUUUUGUAUUUCUGCGCUGAUUUCCAAGGAGCCCAAAUCAGAGAUAACGGUAUUUACGUCAAUACGAGAGCUAGUGCUGACGUGAAAGACCUGACACUUGCUCGAUCAAUUAAUGGAUUUCCUCUACCUGGUGGUUCAUUCAUUCGAUUCACAUCUGCGCCGGCUAAUGGUAUAUUGGCCAGAGUUGGAGUCAGCCUCAAGAGUUCUGAACAAGCUUGCUCAAGUGCCGAGAAAGAAAUUCCCAACUUUGACUUCAAUACAACCCAGAAUGCGGCUAGACAAAUGUGGAAAGACAAGAUUAGUCCUAUUGUCGUUUCAAGAACUGGGGUUAAUCAAUCGAUUUUGCAAAACUUUUAUUCUGGCAUCUAUCGUACAAUGGUCAACCCCCAAGAUUACACUGGUGAAAACCCUCUUUGGGAAAGCACUGAGCCAUACUUUGACUCUUUUUAUUGGUAAGUUUACAGACAGCAUUAUAGGACCGAACACCCUGUCAAGUUUUAUAAUCAAGGAUGUCUAGCUGACUAAUUUCCUGUUUUCAGUAUCUGGGACUUAUUCCGUUCGCAAAUGCCCUUCUUGACAGUCCUUGAUCCAGCAACGUUCACACGACAGGUCCGGUCACUUAUUGACACCUACAGACAUACAGGCUACCUACCAGACUGUCGAAUGAGUUUGUGUAAAGGAUAUACACAAGGAGGGUCAAAUGCAGACGUUGUACUUGCUGACGCCUACAUCAAGGGUAUAUCCGAGGGAAUAGAUUGGGAGACCGGGUAUGCAGCAGUAGUCAAAGAUGCAGAAGUGGAACCAUUCUUUUGGUCUGUGGAAGGAAGAGGAGGCCUCGAUUCAUGGAAAUCAUUGGGAUAUAUCCCAAAGGAAGAUUUCGACUACAAAGGAACGGGCACUUUCACGAGAAGUCUGUCAAGAACUCUCGAGUACUGCUAUAAUGAUUUUGCAAUCACGCAAAUUGGCCGAGGUCUUGGCGGGAGAGAAGGGGAUAUUGAGAAAUAUACUGCCAGCAGUGGGAAUUGGAAGAAUCUUUUCAACAAAGAUCAGAAUGGUGGUCAGAUCAAUGGUACUGAUACAGUUUUUUUCGGCUUUCUCCAACCCAAGUAUUUCAACAAGACGUUCGCUUUCCAAGAUCCGCUACAGUGCAGUAACAUCGAUCCGAAUCCAGGAAGUGUAUGCUCCCUACAAAAUACAGCCGGGGAGACCUUCGAAAGUAGCAUUUGGGAAUACUCCUUGUAAGUCUUGCCUCGAAACCGAUGAUCAAUCACGCUAAAUCUGCCAUAGCUUCGUCCCACACGAUCAAGCCUCGUUGAUCAUCGUUUUCGGUGGCCCGAACGAGUUUGUCAAGCGUCUAGAUUUCAUGCACGACAAACAAAUAACCUACAUCGGUAACGAGCCCUCCUUCUUGACCGUCUUCCAAUACCACUACGCUGGCCGUCCCGCUCUCUCAGCAAAACGCUCUCACUUCUACAUCCCCAAGUACUUCGGCAUCACCGUCGACGGUCUCCCAGGCAACGACGACAGCGGCACGAUGGGCGCCUUCGUAGCAUUCUCUAUGAUGGGACUCUUCCCAAACCCGGGACAAAACGUGUAUUUCAUCACACCGCCAUACUUUGAAUCCGUCUCCACCACCUCCCCACUUACUAAAAAGACGGCCACCAUCCGGAAUGUCAAUUUUGAUCCCUCUUACCAGAAUAUCUUCAUCCAAUCUGCGACUCUGAACGGAGAGCCCUAUACCAAGAACUGGAUUGAUCAUUCGUUCUUCACGGAGGGAAAGGAGUUGGUUCUGACAUUAGGGAGUACGGAAAGUGCGUGGGGGACGAGAGUAGAGGAUUUGCCACCAAGUGUGGGGAAAUAUGAGGGGUUCGGAAACAGUACGGUAGGAAAGAGAAGUGAGGUUUUUGCCGGUAUGCCACUUGAUAUGUUGACGCAGAAGACUGGGGCUUAG